UUCUAAAUAGCAUUGAUUAGUGAAAUGUUGUGUAGGAUGUUACCUUGGAAACCACUUAACAACAACUAUGGAUGCUGAUGGGUCUUCAAUAAGUUUUUGACAAUCUUAUAAUAAUUUAUUCUUAUAAAGAUAUGUUAUGCAGACUUGAGAUGAUAAUUGUGAUGCAGUAUUUACGAAUGCAAAAUGCAAACUGAAGUGCCUACGUUACCUAUAGUACACUUAAAUGACCAGACAAACCUCAAUAGGAAACAAAAUUCUAACUUAAGAAGAUCAACAGUGCAAACGAAAGCUAGUACACAGCAUAAAAAUAUAGCAUGCAUAUCAUCCAACAAAAAGAACUUGCAUCCUUUACUUGGACAACUUUACCAAAGUAGUAUUCGACAGAAGCCUCUAUCGGAACACUCAAAACUUAAUAAAAAUAGUAUAAAACAAAGAGUUCUGUCAGCAAAAAUGUUACGCAUUAAAGAAUUGCAAAAUCAAUUGGCUGAUGCGCAUUAUCAGUUAAAUGAGUUAGCUAAUGAAAACAGACUAUUAAAGUCAUUACAAAAACGACAGGAUUCUGCAUUGAAACGUUACGAAGGAACAAAUGCAGAGCUACCACGGAUCAUUAACUCGCAUCACGAGGAAUUACGAGUACUUCAAAUUAAGUAUAAAAAGUUGAAAGUUUUACAUAAAGAAACGUGCAAUUUAUUGAAAGAAAAAGAAAAUGAACUUCAACAGUUACAGUCUCAAAACAAACAUUUAUUACAACUCAGUAAAGAUCGUAAUUUGGGAGAAAGAGAAAAGUUACAACUACAAGUUUCUGAUUUAAAUUACAGAAUACAACAACAGCAAGACACUAUACAGACGCUGCACAGAAAAUUGGCUCUAGAAAGUAAAUGUUUGAAGCAGCAAUUAUAUACAGAAGUUUCCAAGCGAAAGGAAACGCAAAAGCACUUAGACGAAACGAUAGAAAAAUUGAAAAGUUUAGAACACUUGCUAGAUAAUAAAGAACGAAGAUUAUAUUAUAGCGGUCAACUAUUACACCCUAAUAAAAAUAGACAAUUUGGUACACAGUCCCUCACAAAUUUAAGGGAUAUUAGCUCAUCGAAUCCAUUGAAGUUAUCGGAUCAAAGUAGAAGAUGGCAAAGAGACGUAGAAGAAAGUAGUUUGCCUGUACUUUGUACAUCCGAAUCAAAUGAUAAAAGCACAAGAACAGAUGAAAGGAUAAAUUUAAAUCAAACUACAAAUUCUUUGAAAACAGAAACGAUGACUAAUUUAGAACAAAUAAGAAAGUAUCGUCUCCAAAAAUCAGCACAUCGAAAAGUUCCAUUGAAUGAUUCCGAAGAAAAAUCUAAAGAAGUAGGUUUUAAACUAGAUAAAAAUUCAAAAAUUUCAAUGCAUUCGGAUAGUUCGGAAGGACUCGAAAAACAAGUUGAGACCGAUGGAAAUCAGUAUGAAAUAAGUGCAGACAGUUUUAGAAAAAUAUAUGAAAAUCGAAACUAUAGUUUUCAUGAUUUGUUAAAGAAAAAAGUUGUUUAUUCGUCUGAAGAUGGUGAAAGUGAAGAUGAAAGUUUUCAAAAUGAUCAUACGAGUAUAGCUAAUAAUUCCAGAAAACUAUGCAGAAGAUUAAUUAACAAUGCGGACGAUACUACAGAUUCGAAGGAAUUAACGUUUUCUAAUUCUACAUUCAGAGAUAAAUUGGAAGUUUUGGAACCUGAGAGAAAGAAUUCUUAUGAAGAUGAUUCGGAAACUGAAUCUGAAAUAAGACAGGAAUCGAUUAAGCAUUAUUUAUCACUAAACCAUCAAAAUGAUGCUCUUAAACUAAUUUCGUCUAUAUGCGAUGAUCAAACACGUUAUAGCUCUGAUGAAGAAUUGGAACAAUCGACACCUUCUCGUGGGUUAAAUGAAUCAUACACAGCGUAUCAAAAUUUAAUUAAAGGAACACAAGUAACAACCAAAAACGUAAACAAUGAAAAUUUGUAUAAUUUGCGGUAUGAUGAAGAUCAUACUCAUACACAACAAAGCAAUGUUACUCAUUUAAUAAAUAAUGUAAAUAAAUCUUCGGAAGAUUUACACAAAUAUAUGCUUGAACAAUCCGAAUCUAACAAACAAGAAGAUAACGCUGCAAAUACAAGUACAAACGAACUUCAAAAUAAAUCAUUCUUACAAACAUCUUCUACAGAAGAGUAUAAUCAACUUGAGACAUCAUUUAAAGCUUCUGACACGAUACAACUGACAAAUAUUAAUACAGAAUCAUUAUUAGAUGCACACGAAGUUCUUAACAAUUUGCAAAGCAAACCAUCUAGGAAGAAUUCAUUAAAAACGUCAAGCUAUUUGGACAAAGGACAAGUAACAAAUGUAACGUACAAGAAUGAAACAGAAACAGUAUAUGAUAACAGAUUUGCAGGCAAUCACAAUGUAGAAACAAAAAAUAAAUUGAAUAAGCAAGAAGUAAAUAAAGACUUAAAAAGUGCCGAUGUUUUAUUGAACAAUUCGGAAUCUCUUAAGACUGAUUCAAUCUAUGUUGUACCUAGCAAUGCUGAUGUUAAUAGUACAAAUGAAACCAGUGCCAGAACAAAACCGAUUAAUUACAAUAAAGAGCAGUUGUUGGCAACGAUGAAGGCUAUCGAUGAUAACGAGAAUAUUGAAUUUUUAAAUCAAGAUUACGAGAAACAUAAUGCAACAAGUAGAAAGCAAAUAACAGAAAAUUUGUUUCACGGUUUACCAACUCACACCAAGAAAAAACAAGAUAUUAUUAAGGACAUAUUUGAAACCGAUGGAUUUAAAAAGGAACCUGCAAGUAGUUAUAAUAAACUACACUAAUGUCGAAAUUGACAGACAAACACUAAACACUCUGUAAAGUCGUAACGAAGACAAAAAACGUUGAAUUUAGUAUGUAUAUUAUUUUUAUAUUACAACUAUUAGUGUCAUAUCCAAAAAGUUACAAACUUACAACUUAAUGUAAUCAAACAUUAAGAAUCAACAAUUAGAGAAUUUGUACACCAUUCUGAAAUAUGUAUUACAUUGAUUGUUCGAUAAAUUGUUAGUUUUAUUUUUGCAUCGACAAUGAAUUAGUAUAUAUACAUAUUUAUAUAUAAUUUAUUCUUUCGUAUCAGGGCAUAUUUAUUUGUAUUUUAAAAUUCACUGAUAGUGAUAAUAAUGACAAAAAAAAAUACUGUGUAAUAUGUAUGUAUGUAUAAAUGAAAUAAAUAAAUGACA